AUGUUGCCAACAAGGUUAUUGACAUUGCUAGAUAAAUCAUUUUACGACACUAUUUUCGCUCGGGGCAAUGUGUUUAACACAUCCGAUACUAUUUUUUUGUGCUGGAAAAGCAUUGCUGCUGAAGUAGAUACUGCUAUGAUCUUUAUAAUCCUAAAAGAUUUACCUUGCCAUACUGUGUACUCGAAACUGAGUGGAUGGAGUAACUGUGAUGGGACAGUAGUUCCAGAAUUUGUUUGGGUUUUGGAUCCAAUUAAUGGUACACCAAGUGGACUAUUGCCUACAUUUGGCACAUUGAUAGCUGUACUUCACAAUGGAAAACCAGUCAUUGGUUGGAUCAAUAACCCCAUAGCAGGAAUCAAAACCGUUGGGAGGAGGGAUUGCAUCACUACUAGGAAUGGGGUGCACGUGAGAAGUCGAGUUUGCGAAAACUUGGGACAAGCAUAUGUUGAUAUCAAGGACCCCGAUUACAAUAAAGAUGCUAAAGUUGCAUAUGUCGUUGUUGAUAGUGCUGUUGAUCCAUGUAGUUUUCUAGGGCUAAUUCCUAUGGUGGAGGGUGCAGGGGGGAUUAUAACUGACUGGCAAGGAAAUCAACUUUCUUGGCAGCCUUCUCCAGCGUCUUCCAUUCCAAAAGACGGGUUUAAUGUUGUUGCUUCUGCUGACCCAAGAAUGCACCAGCAGAUCAUUUCUCAAAUAUCUUGA